AUGGCGAGGCAUCCGAAGGUCGCACUCUCGCGCAUCAAGUCUCUGACGUUCUACAAGGACUCCUAUACAACUGCACGGAGAACACAACCACUCCCUCAGUUGAUAUGUAUCGGAAAGCCUUGCAAUGUCUACCAGCCAGAGGUGGUGCGGUGUACUAAUGUUGGGGGCGAAGGCACAGACGUGGAUUGGAAGUGUGAGGCUGAUCUCCCUGAGGCUCUCCGUUUCGGCAGAGUUGAGGUAUCGUGUGAGGGCUGGUCCGGACCUGGGGACCCCGACAUCUUGAAAGGCUCAUGUUCUCUCGAAUAUCGCCUUGUCCAAGUACCAAAUGCCCUGCGUGCAGGAGACGAGCCGCUCUUUAGGUCACGUUUCUCCAACUGGCUCGGAUAUGCCUACAACAAUCCAUCCGCAGUCAUCUUCACGAUCAUCUGGACAGCGUGUCUUCUCCUAAUGCUCUACAGCGUCCUGAAGUCAUGCUGGGGUAACCGAUCCACAAGAUCCGGAAAUGCGAGUAGAUCGUCAAGACCACGUCCUCCGGCGGGUGGUGGCGGCUUCGGCGGCGGCUGGUUCUCCGGCAACAACCCUCCAGACCAUCGAGACCCUCCUCCGCCUUACACUAAACAUGCGAGCUCGUCCUCUUCUGCCACUGGCGCGCAGAAUGCUGGCAUCCAGCCAGGCUUUUGGACAGGAGCGGCACUGGGCGGGCUGGGUACGUAUCUCUUCAAUCGCUCUCAGCGUGAUUCCCAGCGCGACCGUCCCAGGCCGGUUCUGUAUGACUGGGAGGAUAGAGUGAAUGUGCCCAUCCAGCCCAUCUACAGGCCGCCUCAGUCGUCGAGGUCGAGGUCGGACGACCGAGGUGAGGGUUCGUCGAACUUGGGAUCUAUGAGACGCAGUACAGGGAUCGGAGGCUCGAAUGUCAGAUAA